AUAUGUAUGCAUAUAAAUAAAUGUAUGUAAUAAGUAUUUAUUACUUCAUUUUACUUGAUCCAUUGUCCAAUAAACAAUAUCUGAUACGUAAUAAUAAAUCGGGAUUAACAUUUAUCUAUUUUUUUUUUUUUGUCUAUAAUAAUGGACUCGGUCAUUGGUGAAAGUGAGGUUCAACAAUAUGCUAACCCUGUAUUAGAAAGUGCUUAUUUCAUUAGUAAGAAUUCAAAGGAUGUCUUCAUUCCUCAAGACAGUAUCCAAGAAGCGGCAAAUACGAUCUAUUCAAAUAUGAAAAAAUUGAAAUAUUCUAUAUCAGUAUGGAAACAGCACGAACUUCAUCCAAAAGUUGCUAACGAAGAUGCGAUUAAUUGGAUAUUUCUUGUCGAUUUGUUAAAUUUUUCUUUUUGGUCAGAUUUAGAAAAGGAAAAAGGUUCAAAUAUUCAAGAAAGAUUUUCUAUAUAUCAUAAGGAUAAAAUAUAUACAGGAUACUGGUCCUUAUGUGCAGCAAUUAAUAGAGCGAUUGAUGAAGGGAUUCAAAUUACCAAUCCAUCCGUUUAUGCUUCAUCGGAAAAUUUAAGUGAUGAUAAAAUCAAAUAUAUUUUUCGUUCUCAUACAAGUGAAGGAAUACCUUUACUACAAGAACGUAUUAAUUGUAUGAGAGAAGCCGGUAAAAUUUUGGUAGAGAAAUUCGAUGGUAGUUUUAUUAAUUGUAUUAAACAGUCAAAUAAUUCUGCUAUGAAAUUAUUAAAAAUUAUUACCGAUAAUUUUGAAUGUUUUCGUGAUGAAUGUGAAUUUCUUGGAAGGAAAGUUCAAUUAUAUAAACGAGCUCAAAUAUUAAUUGCUGAUAUAUGGGCAUGUUUUGAAGGACAUAAUUAUGGUUCUUUUAAUGAUAUUGAUGAUAUCACAAUGUUUGCAGAUUAUAGGGUUCCACAGGCACUUUUUCAUUUAGGUGCUUUAUCAUAUUCACAAAACUUACAUAAUAUAUUAAAUUCAUUCACAUUAUUACCAAAUGGAUCACAAUUGGAAAUUGAAAUCAGAGGAUGCUCAAUUUGGUCUGUUGAAUUAAUAAAAAGAUUAAUUCAACAAAAAAUUAAACAAGAUAAUACUUUAGAUUUAAUUCCGAAUAGCAAUGCUAUUAUAUUAGAUUUUUAUAUUUGGGAUUUCGCCAAUGAAAAUAAACUUAAUUUUAAAGUUGAUAUUCAUAGAACGAGAAGUAUUUUCUAUUAAAAAUUAAAAUUAAUAUUAAUAUUAUUGAAUUUUUUUUUUUUAUACAAUUUUUUUUUUUACACAUCCGAUUAUUUUUAUUAUUAUUAUUUUUUU